GAGAGUAACGCUUUGCAUUGAGCUAGCUCGAAUCGAUUUCCUUUCUUGUAAGAUCUUACCUGUUGUCCCGUCAAAGGGUCGAAAGCCUCCCAAAUGCCUUCGCGUUUUCGACAAAAAUUGUCAACCAUUAGCAAUCGCUACCGCAGCCAUCUCUUAAUCGGCAGCAGUACAUUCAUAUACCCUGAUCUUGGUUCAGCCUCUGCAAUACGUUUGAUAAGCUUUACAACCCGCAGCAGAAGAUCCGCUCUUGAAUUUGACCUAGUGACUUUCGAACUCGGCUCUCUUCCACCCUUUACAGCGCUUUCUUAUACUUGGGGGAGUCCAUUUCCUUCGGACGAGGCACACGAAGUCUGGAAUGAACCGAACCAUCUUGCUUUUUGCAAUCAGCAGCCAAUUGCAAUUCGGAAGAACCUCUACGAUGCCUUGCAACAUAUCAGGACGAGAGAGCAUGAGCCUGCCUGGAUCUGGGUUGAUGCCGUCUGUAUCAAUCAGGCGGACGAUGAAGAACGCACAUCGCAGGUUGAAAUGAUGUCUGACAUCUACGGGACUGCGGAUCUUGUUCUUGCUUGGCUCGGCCCAGAGGACGAAGCUUCACGAAGAGCUCAUAACAUGCUGAACACUUUUGGACGUGGAAUAUUCAAAAUGGCUGCACGGGAGGGCUGGGACAAAGUUGACCAGUACGGCCCGAAGUCGCUGGAGCUGGUCGAGGAGCUGGGACACUGCCUUCCCCAAGACGCAGACUGGUCAGCCUGGAACGAAUUCUUCCAAAGAAAUUGGUUCCGCCGGACUUGGAUCUUACAGGAAGCGUCUCUUGCCAAAAAUCUUCGUCUGGUCAGUGGCCAACAUGUUUUUGUUUUUGACGAGAUCCAUGCUCUUGACGCAUACUCUGAGCAUGCUCCUUGGUGGCCAAUGAAAGCACCUAAUAAUUCUGGGGAAGACUUGCCCUCAGCAGUAAUAAAUCCAAUCGCGCUUACACGCAGUAUGAUUAAUGGGAUGUUGCAGCGAAGUCGAAGUGUUAGAAUACUCGAAGAUCACCACGGUUCAAUCAAUCAAGGCAUGCUGCUCCUUCUUGUUCUUGCUCUUGCUCGGAAAUUGUCUUCCUCAGACCCACGGGAUAAGGUCUAUGGCAACCUAGGCAUAGCGAAAAAGAUCCUCGGAGUAGGUUUCGACGAUGCAGCUCUUCCACCCGACUACAACAUCGCAGUCGCAGAUCUUUACAUUCACACAGCGUCUUACAUUCUAACAACGACCCCGAUUUUAUCGCUGCUCAGUCAUGUAGAGGACGCAGAAACCCCGAAACCUAGCACCUUACCUUCAUGGGUACCAGACUUGACUGUUCGCCAUACUACCGGAAGGCUACGCCUUGGCGACACGGCCAACAUCUUCGAGGACGACAAGCCGUUAUAUAGGGCAUAUAUAAGCGGCUCCUCCCUUAUAGAAACACGGUCUAUAGCGAACAUCAUUCUUUUUGUCAAUGGAUACUGCCUAGGAACCGUCUCAGAAGUUGCCACAGGAGAUUCGCUUUCGACGCCUGAAAAAUUUAUCAGUCAGAUCAACCUCUUAUCCAAGCUUCCCCAUAUGUAUCUCAACGGCCAAAGUACAUUCGAAGCAUACUGGAGAACAUACAUGGGGGACUUCGCUCGAUCGAGGUUGAAAAAUGCCAAUCAAGAAGAUAUCCCCUCGUCCUUCAUUGCCAUGAUCAUCCAUGGCCUCCUCUGUUGGUUCGAUGAUCGCCCUAUAGGAGAUAUGAGGCGACAGCUAGAACUAAUACUCCAGCAUCUUGCAAACAUAGACAGCAACUUUUCACAGCACCUCAGGUCACUUGGAGUGGCUUCCUUGGAUCUUCUGAUCCAAGACAUCCCCGCAUUUGUAUCCUACUGCCUAGAUUGUGAUUCUAGAAAAAACCUCCGGAUCGCUCUGAAAGAAGCCGCAGAAUCUUUAUACCCCUUUUUGAGAUUUGGCCGUCUUCAGUUAUUCCGCACAGAAAACGAGUAUCUUGGUCUUGGCCCCCGGUCUUCUCGUCCAGACGAUCAAGUCUGGGUUUUUGAGCAAGCCAGAGUGCCAUUCAUCCUACGAGCGAUCCCUGAUUCCGAACACUUUCAUCUUGUUGGAGAAUGCUACGUGCACGGUGUCAUGCAAGGCGAGUUGGUGGACAAAAUUAAAUUCAAGAGGAUUGGAUUAGCUUGAUUAUUAAUACCGGGAAUUGCUUGGAAGAGCUGAGAGAAAGUCGUUCAAUCAUUCAAACCCGAUCAGAAUAUGGAGUGUGAAUGUACCUUGGCUCCGUUGGGGUCUCGACUCUUGACGUCAG